GCACGCGAAGCAAACGGCGUCGCCUUCCAUGGGCCGCCGCACCUCCACUCCCUAACAGUCUCUUGGUCUCUAGGCGCACAAGUACACCGUGUUGCCUCUGGCACUCCUUCCAAAGGUUCUUUCUCUUCUUGUCGACCAAAGGCCUGGUGCCGUUGAACCGAUAUCUCUAUCAAACACCAUGGCGGGCCGCACCUUCCUUUGCCGGCUAGUCCUCUACGCCGUUUUCUCCAUCACCGUAAUCAGCCUCUUCACCAAAUCUGGAGCACCUUCCUUCUUCUACCGGUACUCGAACUCAGCCGCUCUCCAGCGAGAAGAGAUUUUCUGUCCACAAUCCGAGCUCGCCAACGACGUAUUAGUCGUUCUCCGCACAGGCGCCACCGAAUCUCGCGAAAAACUGCCCGUGCACUUUAGGACGACCCUCCGAUGUGUGCCCCACCUUAUCGUAUUCUCUGAUCUGGACGAGACAAUCGAUGGGCAUGAAGUCCAUGACGUGCUGGGAGGUGUCAGCGAUCAGACACGGAAAGAGCAUGAGGACUUCAAACUCUAUCACCAGCUGCACAAGCAUGGAAAGCGAGGCUUGCAGAACCAGCAGGUCUUUACAGCACAGUCGGGGUCGUUCAAGGGCGAUUACCUCCAAACAGAGAACAAUGGAUGGAAGCUGGAUAAGUGGAAGUUUCUUCCUAUGAUCGACCAGGCGUAUGCGAAGAAGCCUGACGCCAAGUGGUUUGUCUUUAUCGAGGCGGACACCUUCCUGGGAUGGAACAAUCUGCUGGAGUAUCUUAGCGGCUUCGAUGACAGCAAGCCAUACUACAUCGGCAAGCAUCUCUACAUCAACGACGUAGAGUUUGGCUAUGGUGGUGCAGGCUUCGUCCUUUCCAACCCUGCCAUGCGUAAAGUGUCAGAGCAGCGCUCCAAUAACCUGUACCACUACGAGGAGUUCACAAAGUCACACUGGGUCGGUGACUGCGCGCUAGGCAAGGUUCUCGAGGACGUCAAAGUCCCUUUGCACCGCGCCUUCCCACACUUUCAGAGCGACUCGCCGGCGACCGUUGACCCUGCCGUCAUGAAGAUCGACCGCGACCUCUGGUGCUACCCCACCAUCACCUACCAUCACGUUUCGCCCACUGAGAUCGACGAGCUCUGGCGCUUCGAACAGGACUGGUACAAGCAGCACGACAUUGUCCUGCGACACCGCGAUGUCUUCAUCUCGCACGUCCGCCCUAAGAUUGGGGCGUCAGUGUCGUAUUGGGACAACAUGUCUGUGGAUGCCGAGUACAACGCACACGACCACGCAUCAUCGCCCAAGAAGGAAGAGCGAGAAGCAUGGAAGUCGUUUGCGCACUGUCACGCGCUAUGUGAAAGCCAGUACAAGUGCAUACAAUUCUCCUUCGACUCGGGGAGCUGCUCCAUUUCCAACUCUUUCCGACUUGGCUAUGCGAAGCCAAACGAGAAGGUGAAGAGUGGAUGGAUGACUGACAGAGUUGAUGAUCUAUUCAGGUUGUUGGAUGACAGAUGCGGAAUAAGGGACUGGUUCACACCCGCAAAUGAAGGUGUGAACGCCAAGGCGAAGGCACAAUCGACAAUGAGGCGACAGAGGAGAUAGAGAAGGACAUGAAGAAC